UGGGAGCAGGGAGAGCUCCAGGAGCCUCGUCCCGGGGCCGCAGCACGAGGAGCCUGGAGGAGCCCCCUGAGACUAUCGGGUACUGAUGGAUGUUUCCGACAGCCCUGAGCGUUUAAACCCCUGCUCUCCUGAUGAGGACCAGCAGCUUUCCGACGACGAAAUCCUGAAGGAGAGUGGUUUGGAUCGGGACCUUGAUGGAGCCGGGCAAGGCAGCGUCCUGGGAGAGGAGGAGGAGGAGGCAGCCAGGGGACUGAGUCAGGGGGAAGAGGAGAACCGCUCGGAUGAAGAGGAGCGCCUAAGUGAAGGCAAGUCUCAGGACUCUGACAACAACGAGCGGCGCAGGGAGCUGAAGAGCCCUCCACCACGCAAGGGAGAGGAGGAAGACGGGGCAAAUGACCUUGGGGAUGAAGCAUCCUCUGUCACUCGGGAGCUAGAUGAGCAUGAAUUGGACUAUGAUGAGGAAGUUCCUGAGGAGCCCAGUGCUGCUGCUGUAGAGGAGGAUACUGAGAAAGCUGGAGGCGAGGAUGAUGAGGAAGAGGAGAAAGCAGAAGAAGCCCCUGAAGAGGAGAAAAAAUCUAGCGGUAAAAGUGAUGACGAGAAGGAUGGCCAGGAUGCCCUCAAGGAGAAGAAGAAAGAAGACGACGAUGGAGAAAUCGAUGAUGGGGAAAUUGAUGAUGAUGACUUGGAAGAAGGAGAAGUUAAAGAUCCCAACGAUAGAAAAGUGAGGCCACGUCCCACCUGUCGGUUCUUUAUGAAAGGUCACUGUACUUGGGGAAUGAACUGCCGAUUUAUUCACCCUGGCGUGAACGACAAAGGAAACUACUCGUUGAUCUCCAAACCCGAGCCCUUCUCCCCUAACGGCGCCCCCCCCAUGGGCCCCCAUCCGCUGAUGCCAGCCAACCCCUGGGGAGGACCAGUGGUUGAUGAAAUCUUACCUCCACCCCCUCCAGACCCUCCAACAGAAAGUGCCUGGGAGAGAGGUCUCCGCCAUGCUAAAGAGGUAUUAAAAAAGGCAACUAUGAGAAAAGAACAAGAGCCUGACUUUGAGGAGAAGAGAUUCACUGUGACUAUUGGGGAAGACGAGCGUGAAUUUGACAAAGAAAAUGAGUUUUUCCGUGACUGGAAUUACCGCAUCACCAGAGAUGUCAGAGAUCCAGCGGAGGUGGACAUCAAAGAAAACAUUAACUAUGGGCUUGAUCCUUAUGCAGAUCCCUAUUAUGACUAUGAAAUAGAACGGUUCUGGCGAGGUGGGCAGUAUGAGAAUUUCAGGGUCCAGUAUACAGACCCAGAUCCAUAUCGUAACUACAGAGUAAGUAAGGAAAGAGAGCGAGAACGGGAAAGGGAAAGAGAGAACAGACAACGAGAGCGGGAACGAGAAAGGGAGCGAGAACGAGAGCGGGAGCGGCGCCAGAGAGAGCGAGAGCGGGAACGGGAGCGGGAGCGGGACAAGGAGCGGCAGCGGAGGAAAGAAGAGUGGGAACGCGAGAGGGAACGAGUGAAGAGAGAUGAAAAAGACAGGCUGCACAGGGACCGGGACCGAGACCGGGAGCGGGACCGAGACCGGGAGCGCGAGAAGGAGAAGGAGAAACCAAAGCCCCGGUCUCCCUUGCUACCAAGCCGUCAGCCUGAGCCACCAAAGAAGGAGAAGGAGGCAAGUACGAUUGGCACCGCUCAGUCCAAGAGAGCGGACGAAUGGAAGGACCCCUGGCGCCGAUCCAAGUCGCCCAAGAAGAAACUCGGUCUGUCCGUCUCUCCCAGCCGUGCGCGCAGGCGCCGAAAAACCUCUGCUUCUUCAGCAUCUGCUUCUGGCUCUUCAAGGUCCUCUUCUCGUUCAUCCACUUACUCUGGAUCGGGUUCCUCGCGAUCUCGUUCCAGAUCUUCUUCUUACAGCUCUUAUUCUAGUCGCUCUUCAAGACACAGUUCCUUCUCAGGCAGCAGAUCCAGAUCACGGUCCUUCUCAUCUUCACCCUCUCCUUCCCCAACACCAUCUCCACACAAGCCACUUGUGAAAGCUAAAGGGGAGUUAUUACCACCUGCUGGAAAAGGUGAAAAGUCUGUGAAGAAGCUAGCUACCCUUCCAGUCCCUCAGCCACUCGCUAAAAUCACAGCAGCUGCACCGGAGCCAGCCAAACCAGGGGAUAAUCGAGAGGCAAGAAGGAAGGAACGUCAGACCAGGACUCCACCCAGGAGACGGACUAUCAGUGGCAGCAUCAGCGGCAGUGCCAGCAGCUACAGCGGUUCCAGCUCCAGAUCUAGGUCCUUGUCUCGCUCUCUCUCCAGAUCUCAUUCCAGAUCAACGUCUGCCUCCGUCUCCCACUCCCCGUCUGGGUCCAGGAAAUCCAGGUCCCUGAGCGUGAGCAGCGUUUCUUCUGUCUCUAGUGCCUCCUCCAGCAGCAGCUCUGUGCGCAGUGCUGACUCCGAAGACAUGUACGCGGACUUGGCCAGUCCAGUUUCCUCAGCCAGCUCCCGAUCCCCAACCCCAGCACAGCAGAAGAAAGGUAGAGGAAAGUCAAAAAAAGAAGAUAGUGCUAAGGAGGAAAAGCGGAAACGGGAUGCAUCUGCUCAGCUCCUGAAGGCAGCCAAGCCCACCCCGGGGAGCAAAUCUCAGCAGCUCCUGCAGACCCAGCAGCCCUCAGCCCCCCAGUCCCAGCAAGGGGGCUUCAGCGCUCACAAAGACAUCAAACUGACGCUCUUGAAUAAGGCAGCUGACAAAGGAAGCAGGAAGAGAUACGAGCCAGCAGACAAGGACAGGCCAAGCUCUCCGCCAGCCAAGAGGGGAAACCUGUCACCCGACCGAGGCUCUCGCGACAGGAAGGCCACUGGGAGACUCUCUUCGCCCAAGCAAGAACGACAGAGAGGCCAGAACCUGAAACCGUCUCCCGCUCAGACAGACAGGAAGCGCCCGCUGUCCCCGCAGUCCAAGAGCUCCAGCAAGGUGACGAGCGUCCCCGGCAAGGCGGCCGAGCCGGGCGCCGCGGGCGCCAAGGCGGGCAAGGCGAGCACGCUGUCGCGCCGCGAGGAGCUCCUCAAGCAGCUCAAGGCAGUGGAAGAUGCCAUUGCCCGCAAACGGGCCAAAAUUCCCGGGAAAGUAUAGUGCGCCGAGCGCCGCUCCGCCACCCCCCUUAGUGACUGUUCAUGUUUUUAUAAAUAGCGCAAAAACAAAACAAAACAAACAAAAAGCGGCCACUUUGGGAUUUUGCAGUUCUGUCUUAUUUUGGCCGCGAUUCUUUUUAAAAAAAAAAAUUCCAAAAAAAAAAAAAAUACGGAAGUUUGUCAGCUGAGAACACGCGACCGCCAGGACCCGCCGGGGGUCCCUCCGCUCGGCCCUGGCGCCGGGGCCGCCACCGCCUUUUCCAUGUAAAUUAUGCACAGAGGACUCCCGCCCCGUCGGAUGCUCCCGCCUCUUUGUCUUUCUCUCUUUCUCCUUCCCCAUCCCUCUCCUCUUUGCUAGCCUUGAGUUGUAUUCUUCUAGUUAGCCCUGCUGUGUGUUGAGUGUCUUCAGCGAUGCAGUUCAAUAUACUGUGUACCGAGAGAACCGAAAACUGCUGUGAACUACUGGCAACAUCACCUUCUCUCCCCGCCCUCCCCAGGAGCAAAACAAAUAUAUAUAUAUUCUUGACUGAAGUCGGAUUGGGAAAAUGACCUGUUUUAUUUUAAGCAUCAGAUUGUUUUAGUUGAUUUAAGAGGAAAACCCUGAAGGUUUUGUCGGGAUGUCUGUCUAACAAGGAGGGUCUUUUUGUUUGUUGUUUUUUUU